AUGGGCAAUCUUUGUGGCAAGGAGUCCAAAGACGCCUUCGACGGCCCCGGCCGAACCCUAGGCUCUGCUCCCGCGCCAGCAACGAAGGCCUCGGUCCCUGCGACUGCGAACUCAAAGUCGGCGAAGCCUGUUGUUGGAGGUCCACCGAGGACUCUGGGCGACAGUAAUUCGAGCGACAAACCCCAAGUGGCGGCAGGCGCUGCUGCAGAGGCUCGAGCAAACAAGACCUCAACUGGCGGCCUUCAGAAGAAUCUCGACGCAUUAAAAAAACAGACAGACCGCAAUCUGCUAAUAGCAGUCUCAAAGAAGAAUCAGAAGGAGCGAGAGGCUGACGCGAAUACUGCGAUUAUGAGGCACGACUGA